UCGGCCCCGCUCGGCUCCCCUCCGACCGGAGACAGACAGACAGGUUGAUUUCGGGGAACCAGCACCGGGCUACGAGAGACAAUAAUGAGGCGGUGAAGCUGCUCGCUGCUGAGGACAGAUUAACCCGCGCUACUGUUUCCGGUCAGAUCCAUAAAGAUUUGAACGACUUCUCGUGUUAAAAACAAAGAAAAGACAAAAUGACGACGACCACGACGUACCAGGGGAUGGAGCCCGGCUCGAAGAGCAGUUCCAGGGUUCUGCGCCCUCCUGGCGGCGGCUCCAACAUUUCCCUCGGCGCAGACGAGGAGAAGCCUCCCGUCCGGAAAAACAAGAUGGCCUCCAGCGUGUUCGCUGAGCCGGAGGACCCGUACGCCAACCGGAGGAACAACCCACCAGGUGGGAAGCCCACAGGUGUUCUGUGUGGUGAGCCGUCAGCCCCCCUGAGGAGAGGGGGAAACCCGAACAACACCAACUCUGCAGACGGCGCGGCCACGGAGGGAGACAAUUCUGUACGUGAUAUCGAAAACAGUGUUGCUGAGCCUGAAGCUCCUCCAGGGCAGCAGCAGCAGCAGCAGCAGCAGCAGCAGGAGGACGGCCCUCCAGCUGAGGAGUCCGCUGCAGGAGCACCGUCCGGCCGCAGGAAUCCCCCCGGGGGCAAAUCCAGCCUCAUCCUGGGCUGAAUCCCAAACCGCUGUCCCCUCUGUCCUCCUCCCAUCCACUCAUCUCUGAACUCAUCUUUUUAUUUUUUGUCUCCUCCAACGAGAACCCCGACCCAUUCGUCUGUACCGCAGGAAGCCGCUCUGAUGUCCCCGACGACGGACACCGGUCUCCUCCACAUCCCCAAAGUGCAUUGUUUUGAUACCUCUUCUCUUUUUUGAAAACCGUUUUGUACGUUUUUAUGGUUUGUUUGUUUUGACAGAAGCACUUUAUGUAUUUCUAAUUACAUGGUUCAAAGUCGACCUUUGCCCUGUAAAACAAAAAAACACUGCGUUUGACCUGCCACAUAGAAAGGGUACAAGGAUUCACACCUCUCAUAUCGACCAGUGAUUAAUCUCCCUCCACUUUUACUGCGGCAGCACAACCUGACGGUCAUCACGCGAGAACACGCAAAGAAAGAAAGAACAGCUGUCUUUGUCCUCAGUUUGAUCCAUCAUGCAUGCACGUCUGCUCCGUAACCGAUGAAUGUGAGAAACAUAACUGUGAAGAAUCUUUUUGUUUUCAUUGUUUUUGUGGAAUAAUUGUUGUAUUGUUGUUGCAUGAAGCUGGAAUCUUUCUACUGAUUAUUAUUAUGAUUAUUGUUGUUGUUAUUAUCCACACAUAGGAGCCACAUAAAUUCCGUGUCUGUGGUCUGAAGGAUGCAAACAGUCUUCAGAGGAUUCCUGUUAACAGAAUUGGGAAAAGCCUUUUUUUAUAUGCUCGUCUCCAACUUUAGAUUGUCGUUCCCCGUCGAUGGUUGCCGUGUUUUUAUAGUUCAAAUCGAUCUAACGUGUGCCUGUUUGCGUGUUAGGCUACAACAUCAAACAAGGUUGGGUCCCCCCCCGCCCGGUUGCAUUCUGCCAACCUAGUUUCACCGGGGCUGAGUUUGGAAUGCGGCCGGUCCUGACUCUUCGGUGUUUCUGGUAAACCCAUCCUAGAUUUGACAAGUGACCUUAAUGACAGCUCAGCCUUUUUUUCUGUCUGCUCCUCCACUUCCUUAUGAUCCGUUAAUUAUUCCACUUACUGGAAAUCUACCACUUUCUUUUCUUUCUUUUUUUUGGACCAUUUCACGUCACAUGAUUUGAACCAGACCGACUCCCUCCUGCUUCUGUCUUGUUGAGUCACGUGCAUGGCCGCUGCGUCAGCCAGCCGUCCUGCAGGUCGACCCACAUUUCACAGUGUCGUUCCUGUAGUGUCUCUUUUAGAAAAGAACGCGUGUUAUGAUGCAAGGCCUGUUUGCAUCCUCUACCAAUUCCUGUUGCUGGAUGUAUUCACUGCAGAAAUCUGAAUUUUAAGAUAUGGCACAAGUGGAAAUUAAAAAAUCAGUUUUGACCAUGA